AUGAAGCUCCUCCGUGCCAUCACGGCGCUGGCCCUUCUGGACUCGUGCGCGUCCGUUGGUGUACACGCACAAGCAGACACGCCUAGCCAGUAUCCGCUUCACGACAAUGGCUUGAACAAAGUAGUCCAAUGGGACCACUAUAGCUUCAAAGUCAACGGCCAGCGCCUGUUCGUCUACUCUGGCGAAUUGCAUUACUGGAGGAUCCCUGUACCUGAAGUCUGGGACGAUCUAUUGGAGAAGAUCAAGGCAGCAGGUUUCACCGCUUUUGCCUUCUACGGCAAUUGGGCCUGGCACAGCGCCACCAAGCAAACGCUGGACUUCGAAACCGGUGCUCACAAUUUCGAGCGACUAUUGGAGACUGCGAAGCGUGUCGGUCUGUACGUGAUCGUGCGUCCCGGACCCUACGUCAAUGCUGAGGCCAAUGCGGGUGGGUUCCCGCUCUGGCUGACGACCGGAGCCUAUGGAACCCUACGCAACGAUGAUGCUCGUUACACCGCUGCCUGGAAACCGUACUUCUCCAAGUUCUCUGAGAUCGUAAGCAAACACCUUAUCACAAACGGUGGAAAUGCCAUUGUGUACCAAAUCGAGAAUGAGUACGGCGAACAAUGGAGCGACGUCAACACGAAGACGCCUAAUGCCGCAGCCGGGCGUUAUAUGCAGUCGCUCGAAGAAACAGCACGGGAGAAUGGAAUUGAUGUACCUCUGAUCCACAACGACCCUAAUCUGAAUACCAAGAGCUGGUCGGAAGACUUUGCUCCGAAUGCUACGGGCAAUGUUGACGUUGCAGGUCUUGACAGCUACCCGUCCUGCUGGAGCUGCAACUUGGACGAGUGCACUGGAACCAACGGCGAAUACGUCCCGUACCAGGUGAUCAACUACUUUGAUCACUUCGAAGAGGUUAGCCCUACUCAGCCAAGCUUCUUUCCCGAAUUCCAGGGUGGAUCAUACAAUCCCUGGGGCGGGCCCGAGGGUGGCUGCCCCGCUGAUAUUGGAGCUGACUUUGCCAAUUUGUUCUACCGCAAUUUGAUUUCUCAGCGCGUCACAGCAAUCUCGCUCUACAUGAUGUACGGCGGAACCAACUGGGGAGCAUUCGCAUGCCCAGUCGUCGCAACCAGCUACGACUAUUCGAGCCCAAUCAGCGAGAAUCGACGCAUCGGCAGCAAGUACUACGAGACAAAGAACCUCGCUCUGUUCACCCGAGUCGCCAAGGACCUCACAAUGACCAAUCGACUAGCGAACAGCACCUCCUACUCUGAUAACGCAGCCGUUGCGACUAGUGAGCUUCGAAAUCCUAACACAAACGCUGCUUUCUAUGUCACAAUUCACUCGACAUCGUCUUCGGGCACAGAAGAGUCUUUCAAGCUCAACGUCAACACAUCUAUUGGGAGAUUGACGAUUCCGCAGCACGCCGGAACCAUCUUGCUGAACGGUCAUCAGUCUAAGAUCAUUGUGACAGACUUUAGCAUCGGCAAGCAAAGCCUGACUUAUUCAACCGCAGAGAUUCUCACAUAUGCUGUAAUUGACGGAAAUCCUACGGUUAUUUUGUGGGUUCCAGCAGGAGAAUCAGCAGAAUUUCACGUAAAGGGCGCACGCAAGGGCUCUGUCCAAGGUGCGAGUGGAUCGAAGGCCAAAUUCCACCAAGAUCGCCAAGGUGUCGCAGCGAGCUUGAUCGCAGUGAACGGAAAGAACGUACUUCAAUUCGAUAACCAUGUCAGGGUUAUCGUCGUCGAUAGGCCCACUGCCUAUCUUUUCUGGGCCCCCAAUCUCUCUGAGGACCCCUUCGGACCUGUCGACAGAUCUGUUCUCGUCCAGGGACCAUAUCUGGUUCGCGAUGUGACCUCCGAGGGUAGCACGUUGAAACUUACAGGCGACGAGCUGAACGCGACCGCCAUCGAAGUCUUUGCUUCCAAGCGUUAUCAGUCUCUUACGUGGAACGGAAAGAAGAUUCAAGUCUCGAAGACUGCGUACGGAAGUCUCACGGGUAACAUCGGGGUUUCUAAGAGCAAUAUCAAGCUUCCGUCUCUAGCUUCUUGGAAAGUCCGUGACAGUCUUCCCGAAAAGCUUGCGGGGUACAAUGAUUCCGGUCCAGCCUGGGUGGAAGCCAAUCACCAGACCACGCCGAACCCUACCAAACCAUUGACCCUGCCUGUGCUCUACGUUGACGACUAUGGCUUCCACAACAGCUUCCACCUCUUCCGUGGCUACUUCGAUGGUUCUGCUACAGGUGUAAACCUCACCCUGCAGGGGGGCAUGGCUUUCGGUUUCUCUGCAUGGAUGAACGGUCAGCUUGUCGGGUCUUACAUCGGCAAUUCCACUGUCGGCAAGAGUAGCCUCGUUGUUCCCUUCACUAACGCGACGAUCAACAGCAAUGGCACCAACGUCCUGCUCGUGGCACAAGACAACACCGGUCACGACCUUCGUAGUGGUGCGACCGAUCCGCGCGGUAUCCUUGGCGCAACCCUCCAAGGCUCUUCCUUCACGAAGUGGAAGAUUGCGGGUGAAGUGAACGGCGAAAGGCAACUUAUCGAUCCUGUGCGCGGACCUCUGAGCGAAGGCGGACUCACCGCUGAACGUCUGGGCUGGCAUCUCCCUGGCUUUGAUGACUCGAAAUGGAACUCCAGCUCGCCUUCCACGGGCUUCUCAGGAGCAGGUAUCCACUUCUACCGCACUGUCGUCCCGCUCAACGUGCCCAAGGGUGUUGAUGCCGCAUUCUCGUUUGUCUUCAAUGCUCCAGCAUCGAAGGCUAUUCGCGUGCAGCUCUUCGUCAACGGGUAUCAAUACGCGCGAUUCAACCCAUCUGUUGGAAAUGAGGUCCGCUUUCCGGUUCCACCUGGUGUGCUCAACUACGCUGGCGACAACGUUCUUGGGGUCAGUAUUUGGGCUCAAACGGAACAGGGUGGCAGGGUGGAUGUUAACCUGGAGCAAGACUAUGUGCUGGAGAGCAGCUGGAGCCCCAGGUUUGACUCAGAGUAUCUGAGACCUGGAUGGACUGAAGAGAGGUUGGAGUAUGCUUAA